GUAUCGUUGAAACACUUCCACGAAUUAGCUGCAACUCACACUUGUAACUACUGCGUCACAAGACACAAGCAAACACAUUUGCCAGCAGAAGCCUUGUGAAGACAAUUCCUCAAUCCCCCACGGCACAAUUACAAAACUCACCUGCAAAGAAGCAAAUUCAAUUUUCAAUUGCCACGGCGGACUACGUCCCGGGCCCACCAUGCGGGCGCUCGGCGCAGCUAGAGUCGGCGCGUCAGCCCUUGCGAUGUCCCGUCGACCCUGCAUGUUGUGCAUAGCAUAUUCAAGCGGGCCAGGGUCAAGGUCUGAGGGUGGCCGGGGCCGGGGGCGCUCGCGGCCUAGCGGGGGCCGCGGCGGUCGGGGCGGCGGCCGUGGGGGUGGCCGCGGCGGCAGCCGCCAGGCGCCCCCUCGCCGCAGUGGCCCGCCUCCGCCUCGCCGCGUGUACGAUGACGAUGAAGAUGAUGAAGACGAUGUGUAUGAGAACGAGGGGCCUGCGGAUGCAGGCGUUGACCGGCCUACGUCGUCGUUGACCCGCGUCCUGGCGACCGGCAGGAGCGGCGGCGGGCAGGAGAACCAGGACCCCUUUGAAACCAUGCACGAGCACCUCACGGCACAGACGCAAAAGGGCCUCAUCAUACGCCCGGACACGUGGGAGCGGCUGUUCGGCCACAUAUACUCCCCACGGCAGGCUGACGCGGCGCUGGCGCUGCUGCUGGCUGACGCGGCGGCACGCGAGGCGGGCGGCUGGGACUGGUCCACCAGCGGGUACGGCCAGACCGCGUACAAGCUGGCACAGGCGUGUGCGGAGUCGGGGGCUCCCGAGAUCGCAGAGGAACUGCUGGAGCGGAGGGAGGUCCUGCACCUGACGCUCAACAAGGACCUCAUCCCCACACUCAUGCGCAAGGUGGCGGCGGCAGACGGCGACAUGGACCUACAGGUGGAGGUGGUGAGCCGCAUGUACGACAAGGAGGCCGCGCUGCGCGGCGCCAACAGCGCCGACGCUGCUGCCGAGCUGAGCAAGGUGCUGCGGCGGGGAGAGGACGUGGGCGGCGUGCGGUCGCUGUACGCCCAGAUACGGCGCGAGGGCCUGCCUGUGCGCGACCGGCUGCUUGAGGACAUGCAGCGCUGGCUGGCUAAGCGGGGCGUGCAGGUGGAGAAGGCAGGUGCAGCUGGAGAAGGAGAAGAUGAGCGCCAGUAGAGGCCAGCAUUACAGAGGCGCCUGGAGACGCCCAGAGGAGCGGCUGUGGAGGAGCUGUGGCUGCAGCUACUGGGGCUAAGGACACCCUAUUGGGGCUGGGGGCGGAACAUGCGCACUUCAGGAUCUUCAGAGCCCUCACAAGGGCCGUUUCCUGGUUCUGAAGUGCCACUGCGGUCCAUGGCUAUGUGAGUAGAUAGGUGCUAUUACUGCGGUGCGGCCUGACUCAUGCGCGUGCGGGCGUGCAGUAGACUGUCAGUUGGCACAUCGGCCGAAGGGGGGGGACGGUGUUGAGAAACACCGGGCACGUCUGCAGGAUUGUGUGCGUGCGCGUGGUGCCAACGGAAUGCGACUCGCCCGGCUGCCAUGCCAGAUGUGGCGCGGACCCUGCUGCUACUGGGACGAUGGCUCGUUGUUGCUUGGAGCUAUUGCUGGUAUCGAUGCGCGCCUUUGCGGGCCAAUGCGACUGCGGCACGGCAAUGUCACUGACACGCAGGGUGACAUGCAUCCUAACUGCAUAUCCACGUGAGCCCCAUCAAGAUGCUGGGUAGGGGUAGUGGGGGUGUACGUAGAUGCUGUUUGUGAAGUCAACAGGCGGUCUAGUACGGUCCGAUCCAGGCUGGCGCUUUCUUUGACUCGUUCAAGCACCAGCAGGACUGUUACGGGAACCGCAUGCUGCUACUCUCAAGCCGCACGCAGGGGCCCUGUACGCGGGGCAACUUAAUUCACUGCUGGCAAACUGUACAUUUCGAUGCGAACCGGGUAGCGCGUCACGCGGGCUGAGUGGCGUGCUUGCUGCAGUCGUUGGUGGCGCGCUUGCGGCCAGCAGGUGUGUGCGUGUCUUGCAAAUGAGGGGGCAUGAUUUGCGCCGCCUUAUGUGCUCGCAUCAAUGUUACAGUUUGACUAUAAAAGCGGGUGGGUAGUCUGGGUAUUGAGGGUGGGUAGCCUGGGCUGGCUGGUUUAUGGAGGGUGGAUACCGUAGCCUGGGGUAGUGAGGACGGGUAGUCUGGGGUAGUGCGGGUGCGUAAAAUGUUCAUCCAUCGGAACGCCCCGGCAGUCCUUGAGGUGAGGCAGAGCUGAGUGCGCUGCUGCGCUGGUGCAAUGGCUGGUGCUGUGCUGAUGCCCUCCCGCCCCGCAGACGCCUGUCUUCCCUUCGAGGUGACAUACAUAUGGCGUAGCCGAGAUGCACCUGGCAGUGUUGCGUGUGCAAGGACAGGGCCGCUGGGUUAUCACGAGUGCGAUCUGUCGGACAGGGAGGGGGCGCACGUUGCAGGAUGGAGCGAGCUGUCCGCGUCAAUUUUGGGAGUAAGGCCGCAUACGCAUACGCCGCCACGAUCACGCCGCCAGGGUGCCCAUCCAUUUGCGCCUUGAUUGCAUCGUGCACAUCAUUGUUUCACCAACAACAGCGAUUGAGGCCUAUGUAUUUGGAAUACACCGGGCCUAAGCUUAC